GGUAUUGAAGUUUUAUUAAAUUGUGUAGCCGUGUGUGAAUUCCAUAAACUAAUGGGCCUUGUUGGAGAGGUUGUGAGUGAAAUAGAAGUCAAUGCAAAUGCAGACAAAUUCUUUCAUUUCUUCAAACAUGAAAUCUUCCAUACUCCAAACAUUUCUUCAAAGUUUAUCCAACAAGUUGAACUUCAUGAAGGAGAUUGGGACAUCCAUUCCCAUGGCUCCAUAAAGAUUUGGAAUUACACUAUAGAUGGUAAGGCUGAAGCUUUCAAAGAGCGAGUGGAGUUCGAUGAUAAGAAACUAGCGAUGAAGUUGGUUGGAUUAGAAGGAAAUGUGUUUAAGCAUUACAAAACUUUCAAUAUUACAUAUCAAAUUGUGCCAAAAAAACAUCAGCAUAGUUUAGUAGUUUUGAAUUUGAAAUAUGAGAAACUUGAUGGUGACUCACCUACUCCAUACAAAUACGUUGAACUUUUAGAGAACAUCAUCAAAGAUAUUGAAUCAUACCUUAAAUAAUAAUAUUGUAGAUGACUCAAUUUGAGCUACUGUCUCUCGCUCAUAAUCUGAUAUAACUGACUGACUGAACAUGUUGUGUGUCAGUUAUAUGAUUUCUAGAGAUUUUGAGAAUUUAACAAAGAGUAAAUAAGAAUUAUCCUUGUUGUUAUAAUUGUAUGAAGCUCAAGUGUAGUGUUUGCCUGAUAUAUAGAAUAAGAUAUAUACAUAUGCAUACAUAUCUAUAAAUA